UGAGUUGCUUCGCAACCGGUUUCCUUGGAUGGGAGCUUGGCCUUGAUCUUCGACAGAGCAUUCUGAUUGUGGUAUUCUCGACCGUGAUUGGCAGUUCCGUGACAGGCUGGUGUGCGACGAUGGGCGCGCCCACCGGACUUCGUCAAAUCUCUAUUAGUCGUUACUCUCUGGGAUGGUGGCCUGCCAAGGCUAUGGCUCUUUUGAAUGUGGUCGAGCAGAUCGGCUGGAGUUCGGUGGGCUCAAUCACAGGUGGUGUUGCCAGCGGCAUGCUAUUGACACUUUUUGGAGUCGUCUACGGAUCUUCGUCGUCAUGGGCCAGCGUCGUCAGUGACUAUUAUGUCGAAUAUCCAGUGAACACCUCCAAGGUUAAGGUGUUCGUUUUGACCAGUCUUGGUAUUUGCAUCCCGACCUGUAUCGGAAUGGUUCUGGGCUGCGUUGUCUCCAGCGCCCUCAACUAUAAGGAAGACUGGGCCGCCGAGUACGACGAGGGUGUCGGUUUCCUCAUUCAAACAAUGAUACAUCCUUACGGCUUUGCCAAAUUUAUCCUUUUCCUCUUGGUUUUGUCGGGCAUCGGUACAAACUGCAUUGCCAUCUACUCGGCAGGUCUGAGCAUUCAGCAGUUCGCCCGGCCCCUUGCUGUCGUACCUCGAUUUAUCUGGACUCUCCUCUGCUUCGUAGCGGUUAUCCUUCUAGGACUAGCGGGCAGAGACCAGUUGUUGACCUACCUGGAGAAUUUCUUGUCCCUUCUAGGGUAUUUCACAACUUCGUUCUUUGUCAUCAUCUUCGUCGAGCACUACUAUUUCCGAAAGGGAAGUUUUGCUAACUACAAUUUGGAGGCUUGGAAUACCCCCGGAGACAUGCCUGUCGGAUAUGCUGGAGGUCUGGCGUUCGCCUUGGGUAUUAUUGGCGCUGUUCUCGGAAUGUCAACAACAUGGUACGUUGGCGUCGUUGCGUCAAAGAUCGGAGACGCUGGCGGUGAUGUUGGAAAUCAGCUGUCAUUCCUCUUUAGUCUUUUUGUCUAUAUCCCUGCCCGACAUUUGGAGCUGAAGUUUGUGGGAAGAUGAUCUAUCUACUCUGGAAAUGGUGUAUCAACGACAUGUGUUAGAACCAAUUAAAUCAGAGUGGUCAAUGAGCAAAGCAUCGUUAGCAAGUCCUACUUUCUUUGAGCAAUGCCAAUGAGUAUGUGGGAGGCAAUCCUUCAGCUCGGAACAAUACCCUCGGACAUAUUUAAAUUUUUGCAGACUGUAGUCACAAAUCUUGAAAGUUGGUUUGGAAAACGGAAAUUCACAAGCCGAACCACCGAAAGCUCC